AUGGCGGGCAUCGGCCACACAGUGCUGGCAACAGGCAGCAAUGAAGGUGCUGGCAGCCCCAAUGAGCCCCAACGAGAGCGGGACCACACAGGAUGGUGGAAGGCAAAUGCUGUGUAUUGUAGCUGGUUUUUUUACUCAGGCCCCUGUGCAGAGGGCAGCGCCCUGCCUCGAUCUGCUCGCCUGAAAAGGAAGAGGGAGUGGCCCACAGAGGAGGAGACGGAGGAGGAUCCUGCCCCUGGGGCUCAGGACCUCUGGGUCGUGGAGACCCUGUGCGGGCUCAAGAUGAAGCUGAAGAGGCAGCGGGUGUCUUCAGUGCGACCUGAGCACCAUCAGGCCUUCACCAGGCUGCUCGAGGAUCCUGUCAUUAAAAGAUUCCUGGCCUGGGACACAAAUCUGAGGCUCUCUGACAAGUAUCUCCUGUCCAUGGUGAUAGCUUAUUUCAGCCGCGCGGGCCUCUUCUCCUGGCAGUACCGACGCAUUCAUUUCUUCCUGGCCCUCUACCUGGCCCUGGACAUGGAAGAGAAUUACCACGCCCCUAAACAGGCCAUCUUGUCCUUCCUCUAUGGGGAGAACAACUGCUCCCAGCGCCCCUUGUUCCACAAACUGCGAUUCCAGUUCUUCCGUUCCAUGGGCUGGAGGGCGAGGGUCACGCGAGAAGAGUGCGAAGAGAUCCAGGCUUUUGAUCCAGAGCUCUGGGUGUGGAAGCGAGAUCGCGCCCUCCUUUCCGAGACCACCUAAGGUAGGUCUGAAGGAAGGCGGUCGGAGUCCUCACAGGUACAGAUGAAAGGAUUUGUUGUCUCUUUAAGAAAUCCCAGGAAUCCAAUGGCUGGACCCAUGCUCAUCGUCCCCCUCCUCAU